AUCAGGUUCAUCCACUUCUCGUCUUCUUCGUUUGGAAGAAGUCCCAAAAACCUUCCUUAAACCCCCCCCAACGCCAUCGCCAGAAAGAAAAGACCCCGUACAUACAUACAUACAGCACAAAAAUGGCUCACCGUUUGGUCAGACCUUUGCGAGGAACUUUGGCGGGGCUUCAUCAAUGGCGGCAACCCAAAAUCACCAACUCCGUCGCACUAACCACAAAUUCAAUCCGAAAUUACAUCUCGGAGAUGCGCAAAGAAGCUUUCGAGGGCAACAUUCUCAGACUUCUCCGAAAUGAAAUUCAAUACGAGUUCGAUCGAUCUCCUCCCUCCGAGCCUGUUCCAGAAUUUAAUUCGUUUAUAGUUGAUGAAAGGCCUGGAGAGCAAUGGAUUAGAUUGAAGAAAAAAAAUGGAGAGGGCGAAGAGAUCAAAGUUGAUGCAACCAUGUUUGAUGAUUCCGUCCCUACUAAAAAAUCAGGUGGUGAUGCUGAAGAUGAUGAGCGGCUUCACAUCACUAUGAUUGUCAGUGUUUUCAAGGAAGGCAGUGAUGAUGUUUUGGAGUUUGUUUGCUCCGUCUGGCCCGAUACUAUUGAGCUUCGCAGAGUGUUUACCCGUGGACGUGAUCGGACUACAAAACAUCCUUAUACGGGACGUGUUUUUAAGGAUAAAGAUGAGGAUGAUGAACUGCGAGAAGAACUCUACGGCUUCUUGAAGGAACGGGGUGUAAAUGAUGAACUAGCGAUAUUCUUGCAUAAAUACAUGAGAAACAAGGACAAAACUGAGUUCAUUCGUUGGAUGGAUAGCGUGAAAUCUUUCAUAGAGAAGAAACAGAAGAGAUAGUUAUGCUCAGGCUUUCUUCGCUCUGGAAUCCUGAUCAAUCAGUUACACGAUUAUUUGACCAAGCAGUGCGACUAACUUUUGUUUGUCAUUUUUAAGAACGUCAUCUCCAGUUGUUCGUCGAGACUUGGAAAAAACCUCUUUCAACGUUUCUUGAAGGGUUCUUGUAAUAUAUAGAAAGCAGUUCGUACUUGAUUGGCUUAAAUUAAGUAGUGGGGGGUUAUAACGAGAUUUCAUCUGAGUAGGGGCUUUCCCACUGGAAGUUGAUUUACUGCUUUGCUCCGUCCAUCUUUCAUGGAACAGUAACGUCCAACUUUGAUGAUGAUACGAUGAAACUGUUAGGAAUAGAAGGAUCACAGUUUCAACAGAGUACUCAAUGUUCGAUUUGUAAUACGUUGAAAAGAAAUCGAUCUGAUCCUUAAACACAGUUUUUCCAUAGGUGAGAAACUAUAGCUGACAGGGUCCCCUCAGGCCUCAUGAUCAGCAAACAACACUUCAGUUUUCCACUGCCCGGGUCCAUGAGAACCUCGAGUAAAGCAACACUAUUGCAAAU